AUGAGUUUCUUCUCAAACAUCAAGAAAAAAAGAAAAAAGAAAAACAUUUCCGAAACCCGUUCAGCGUUUUCCGAAGUUUUCGGUGCAACUCCGAGCCAACAGGCUUUCUUCUCUCCCCAGCCAAUCAACUUGCUCAAUGCCUUUCAGAGCCAGGCAGGCAUCUGA